UGGCUGAAUAGUCGGGUUAGCGGACAGUAAAAGAAGAGAGUGCCAUAUUGCAGUGAUACAGCGACUUUAGCAGAAAGAAGCGUGAGAGCGGAUUGUGUUCCUGAAACAAAGAUGAUUUCAUCGCAGUCGUUUGGAGAAUCGGGCAAAAUGAAGGAGUAUCAUUACAGUGGUCCCGUAGAGCAGCGCUUCUCACCGUACUCUUUCAACGGAGGAACUGUACUGGCUGUUGCCGGGGAGGACUUCGCCAUCGUAGCCUCAGACACUCGGCUGAGUGAAGGCUACUCAAUCCACAGUCGGGACUCACCAAAAUGCUACAAGCUGACAGACACAACUGUCAUCGGCUGCAGCGGUUUCCAUGGAGACUGCCUGACUCUGACCAAAAUCAUUGAUGCCAGACUAAAGACGUACAAACAUUCAAACAACAAGAUAAUGACAUCCGGAGCCAUCGCAGCCAUGUUGUCUACCAUCCUGUAUGGCAGGAGGUUCUUCCCCUACUACGUAUACAACAUCAUUGGAGGACUGGAUGAGCAUGGUAAGGGAGCAGUGUACAGUUUUGACCCAGUGGGCUCUUAUCAGAGAGACACCUACAAGGCUGGAGGAUCUGCAAGUGCCAUGCUACAGCCGCUGCUUGACAACCAGAUUGGUUUUAAGAACAUGGACGGUGUGGAGCAUGUCCCUCUGACUCAGGACAAGGCAGUGCAGCUGGUCAAAGAUGUCUUCAUCUCGGCUGCGGAGAGGGAUGUCUACACCGGAGAUGCCCUUCGGAUCUGCAUCAUCACUAAGGAGGGCAUUAAGGAGCAGACAAUACCUCUGAGGAAAGAUUGAGGAGUAAAAAUGAUUUUUCCAUCUGCCUCUGCUUUCUUCUUUAGUCUGUUCUUUCCACCAUCACCCUGUUGGUUUGGCCUCUUUUAGAUCAUGUUUCUUUGAACAUGAGUUCUGAUUCAGAAGUUGGUUUGGCCCCUCAUGUGAGGCUUUAUAACAUCCUUGCUUUUAUUGGCUUGGCAACCUGAUUUUUAGAUCAGCACUCCUGUUCUGAGAAGCGAGUUCUUCACCCACCGUUCCCUUGACUCUGCCUCUGUCUGGAUUUUUCAUUAGGGUUUUGGAAAGACACAUACUCUGCUAUUAUUUUUACAUUCUUAAUAAAUGUAAAGAACUGAAAA